CCCAAUAGGAGAGCAGGGUGCGUGGAUAGAUGAGGUCACAAGCUGCCGUGCGGGGAAUGGAAUGUGUUAGAGUAUAGCGAUCGGAACCGGGGGAACGUUCUGAGAUCGAACCCGGCAGCUCCCAACGUUCUGUCCGUGGAACCCUGCCGAUCUCUGCGUUCCAUCCGUGAAACCCUGCAGGUCUGAACGGUCUGUCCGGGGGAACCCCCUCUGCACUCUGCGUUCUAUCCGUGGAACCUUGCUGUCCCCAAUAUUCUAUCCGUAGAACCCUCUGCACCCAGCCUUCUACCCGUGGAACACUACAGCGACCAGCGAUUUACCCGUGGAACCUUGUUGCCCACCACGUUCUGAAAUAGAACUCUGCCGUCCCCAACGUUCUCAGACAGAUCCCUGCUGUCUCCAGCGUUCCUCCAGUGGAACCCGAGCUGCCCUGGCUCCCAAACCCGUCCCAGUCCAGGGCUCAGUGCAGGGAGGGAUGCUGAGACAUGCAGGGAUUUGUUAGGUUACCGGGAUCCAGCAGAGGCAUGUAACUGAACCGUGCCUGGAUUAGACUCUGCUAUUUCAACCCUUUGGGGGCAGAAAACUUAAUUCCCCGGAUGCUCCCUUUAAAGUUGAUGAAGUGUGCUACUUACCUGCUACCGGUGAGGGGUCCAAAUACUCCAAGCUGGAGUUGAUCUGGAUCAGGAGGACAUUGCACAGUCCCCUCCACACCAACCCUGAGCAUCUGCAGGGGUUUCCCUUUAAAUCCCCUUCCCCAACCCCCCUGCCUUCUUCCUGCCGGCUCAAGAUGAAAGACAGAAGGGGAGAAAGUUAAAUCAGUCGCCUCCAUGCCCUGGAUCAGCCCGAGGCUUAGGGAACGGAAUAAGCAGAAGGUGGGAGAAGAGAGUUUGAGGUCUUUCCACGCAGGAAGAUGGCGGAGUGGAGCUGAGAGUGUGGACUGGGAAAGUUUGGAGGAUUUUGUGUUUCUGUGCGACCACCCUGACCCAGAUCGGACACAUGCAGGCCAAAAAACGCUACUUAGCCCUGCUCUCCGCCGGCACUUGUCUUGUCCUGCUUUUCUACGUAGGGGGCUUACAAUUUAGGGCUUCAAGGAACCAUAGCAGGAGGGACGGUCACAGUAGGAAUGGGUUGCAAAAGAUUCCAGAUAACCCAUGGCCACGUUUUCCCGACACCCUGCACCCUUUUACCCAUUGGGAACAGGGGGAGAGUGAGGAUUAUAAUAGCCAGGUGUCUCCAAGGCACAAGAGGGAUGCCAAUUCUAGUGUGUACAAGGGUAAGAAGUGCAGGAUGGAGUCUUGCUUUGACUACACCUUGUGCAAGAGGAAUGGGUUCAAGGUGUACACAUACCCACAGCAGAAAGGGGACAAGAUCUCAGAAAGUUACCAAAACAUCUUAUCAGCCAUUGAGGGCUCCAGAUUUUACACCUCUGACCCCAGCCAGGCUUGCUUGUUUGUAUUGAGCUUGGACACUUUGGACAGAGACCAGCUGUCUCCUCAGUAUGUGCACAACCUUAAAUCAAAAGUCCAGAACUUGCAUCUCUGGAACAAUGGUAGGAAUCAUUUAAUUUUUAAUUUAUACUCCGGAACCUGGCCCGAUUACACCGAAGACGUUGGCUUUGACAUUGGCCAGGCCAUGCUUGCCAAAGCCAGCAUUAGCACAGAAAACUUCCGCCCUAACUUUGACGUGUCCAUCCCUCUGUUUUCUAAGGAUCACCCCAGGACAGGUGGGGAGAAGGGGUUUCUGAGAUUCAACACUAUCCCUCCUAUUAGGAAGUACAUGCUGGUUUUCAAGGGGAAAAGGUACCUAACAGGAAUAGGUUCAGACACCAGAAAUGCCUUAUAUCAUGUUCAUAAUGGGGAGGAUGUUGUCCUCUUGACUACUUGCAAACAUGGCAAAGACUGGCAGAAACACAAAGACUCUCGCUGUGAUAAAGAUAACGCGGAAUAUGAAAAGUAUGAUUAUCGGGAAAUGCUGCACAAUGCCACUUUCUGUCUAGUCCCCCGCGGCCGCAGGCUUGGAUCCUUCAGGUUCCUGGAGGCUCUGCAGGCUGCAUGUGUUCCAGUAAUGCUAAGUAAUGGAUGGGAGUUGCCAUUCUCUGAAGUGAUUGAUUGGAACCAAGCAGCAGUCAUUGGGGAUGAGAGAUUAUUAUUACAGAUUCCCUCUACAGUCCGGUCCAUCCAUCAGGAUAAAAUCUUAGCACUUAGACAACAGACUCAGUUUUUGUGGGAAGCUUAUUUUUCUUCAGUGGAGAAGAUUGUAUUGACUACACUAGAGAUCAUUCAGGACAGAAUCUUCAAGCACAUAUCACGUAACAGCUUAAUGUGGAACAAGCACCCUGGAGGGCUAUUCGUCCUACCCCAGUAUUCAGCGUGUCUGGGAGACUUUCCUUACUACUACUCUAAUCUAGGUGUAAAGUCACCCUCCAAGUUUACUGCAGUGAUCCACGCCGUCACACCCCUAGUCUCUCAAUCUCAACCCAUUCUAAAGCUGCUAGUGGCUGUAGCAAAGUCUCAGUACUGUCAUCAGAUCAUAGUCUUGUGGAAUUGUGACAAGCCUCUCCCUGCCAAACACCGCUGGCCUGCCACUGCUGUGCCUGUCAUAGUCAUUGAAGGAGAGAGCAAGGUUAUGAGCAGCCGAUUUCUACCUUACGAUAACAUAGCGACGGACGCAGUACUCAGCCUCGAUGAAGACACGGUGCUUUCUACCACUGAGGUGGAUUUUGCUUUUACAGUUUGGCAGAGUUUUCCAGAGAGGAUUGUGGGCUACCCUGCUCGUAGUCAUUUUUGGGACAGUGCGAAGGAAAGGUGGGGUUACACAUCCAAAUGGACGAACGACUAUUCCAUGGUACUCACAGGAGCUGCUAUUUACCACAAAUACUAUCACUACCUGUACACAAAUUACCUGCCUGCCAGUCUGAAAAACAUGGUGGACCAAUUAGCUAAUUGUGAAGAUAUCCUCAUAAACUUCCUGGUGUCAGCCGUGACAAAGCUGCCACCCAUUAAAGUGACACAAAAGAAGCAGUAUAAAGAGACCAUGAUGGGACAGACUUCUAGAGCUUCCCGCUGGGCAGAUCCUGACCAUUUUGCCCAGAGACAGACUUGUAUGAAUACGUUUGCCAGCUGGUUUGGCUAUAUGCCGUUGAUCCAUUCACAGAUGAGACUCGAUCCAGUCCUUUUUAAAGAUCAAGUCUCAAUCCUGAGGAAAAAAUACCGAGACAUUGAACGACUUUGAGAUAUACUGCCACAAAACUGAGCCUUUUGCCCAGUGCUAUAGAGACAAAAACUCAUGGACAACUGCUGUACAAAGACAUUAAGCAGUAUCAAGGGAAAGCAGAGCAAUUGGCAAGAAGUUUUGGGAGUCUGGAAUCCAUUGCGCUGGACUGCUUUAACCCUCAAGCUCUGUCCUCUCAAACCUAGUCUGUGUACAGUUUAAUUAUGGAACAUUAAAUAAUUAUUUUUGAAAUUUAUUGCUAUGCAGGUUUAAACUUUUUUAAUGAACAAAAACGAUUAAAAUCAGAGAUCUUUCUUUAA